AUGGCUGGAAACACAGGCACGGACUUCAACUAUUUGGAGUUCUUCAAGGAAGAAAUCAGAAAUGAGAAUGCGACCAUCAAAAUCGGCGCCGUGAACAACCUGCAUCUCAUCGCCUCGGCCCUAGGGCCGAACAGGACGGUGGCCGAGUUGAUUCCUUACGUCGUACAGGUGGUGCAAGAGGAGCCUCUGUGCAACGACGACGAAUUUCUGUACUCAAUGGCAAGGCAGUAUGCAGUACUGUCUGACUACAUCAAUGGGCACGACGACUUGCUCAUAGCACCCUUGGAGCACCUGGCAGCCCAAGAGGAGACGGUCAUCCGAGACCAGGCUAUCCAAUCCUUGUGCAAGGUCAUUGAAAAGAGGCCUGCGCUGGCACCGGAGCAUCUGGUGCCAACUCUUCAUCGUCUGGCCACGAAGACCGACUUCUUUACUGCUCGUGUGUCUGCCUGCGCGCUUCUUCCCCUUGCCUACCGUCAUGUGAAAGACGAUCAGAAAAUGGGCUUGCGCCGAGCCUUUACAAUGCUGUGUGCCGACGAGACGCCCAUGGUGCGUCGUGCUGCGGCACACAAGAUGCGUGAUUUCGUCUCAGUCUGCGCGAAGCAGGAUCUUCUCACAGACCUGAUCGGUGUGUACAAGCAGUUGUCCCAGGAAGAUACUCAGGACACAAUUCGUGUUGCCUGUGUUCACGCCACGCUGGUCAUUGCCAAGAUGUUGAAUGCCGACGAGAAUCGUCAGCAUACCGUGGCAGUGAUCAAGGAUGCAGCUGAGGACCGCUCCUGGCGUGUAAGGCUUACAGUUGCCAAGAACUUUGAUCAGCUUUGCCAAGCCUUUGGCCCGGAGUUGACAGCUCAGAAGUUGAUGCAGCCGUUCAUCCAGCUCAUGAAGGACAACGAGCAGGAAGUGAGAAAGGAGGCUGUGAGGGUGAUUGAGGCGUGUCUCAAUCUGCCAGAGCCUCUCACAUCCGAGCAGCUCCAGCAGCACAUUCUGCCGCAGUUCCAAGCCCUGGGCCUGGAUCCUGCGCAGUCGGUGCGAGCCGCCCUGGCACAAGUUUUGGGGCCAGUGGCGAAGGCCCUCGGACGUGACGUUACGCAGCGACAGCUGCUGAGCCUGAUCUCCGACCUCAUGAAGGACGAGUUCCACGACGUGCGGCUGAAUAUCGUCUCGCAUGCCGGCCUCAUCUGCGAAGUUUUGAGUGUGGAUGGUCUGGUCCACUCACUCUUGCACACGGUGCAGAACCUGAUCAUGGACAACCACUGGCGCAUCCGUCAGAGCGUCGUAGAGCAAGUUCCGAAGCUCUCGCGGCUGUUCGGCAUGGAGAUGUUCCAGUCCAAGCUGGAGACCAUCUUCCUGUCCAGCUUGCGCGACUCCGUGCACUCGGUGCGUCAGGCCGCGAUACAGCACUUGAAAGAGAUCGCUGAUACUUUCGGUUCUCAGUGGACCGUGGAACAUCUACUGCCUAAGCUUGUCGAGCAGUACUCUGGCAGCGUCGGCUACGCCAACCGCGUGACAACGCUCCACGUGCUGCCGCAAGUCUCGGGUGUGAUGACGCCCGAUCAGCUUGUCCAGUACAUAGUGCCUCUUCUCAUCAAGGCGACGAAGGACACCGUGCCCAACGUUCGCUUCUGCGCUUGUCGAACAAUCAUGUGGAUGAUGGAGCACCACAACCUGGGGAGCCAGACUAUCACCACCACCAUCAAGCCUUGCUUGCUGGAGUUGGAGCACGACCCAGAUAUUGACGUCCAGUACUACGCGCAGCGUGCGCUGCUGCUCUGUUAG